AUGCUCAACCACAAGAUGGACCUGGGAGGCUUUGAUGACCUAGGAUCAUCUGAUCCAUCUCAGAUGUUUGCAGGACCUGAGGAACCAACUCAUAGAUUGUUUACAUCCCCAAAUACAGAUUCUGCUUGGCAGCUACCUCCUGGGUCAAUUCAGUUUUCUGCUUCUCAUCAAGAUCUGCCAGACAAGUUCGAUCUGCAGCACAGACUCCUAGAGACGGUGCCAGUGCAAGGUGAGGAUCACAACCAGGCCCAACUUCUGCCUCAUCCACUCAAAAGUAACAUACAGAGUACAGCUCUAGUUAAGGAUUCAGACCACCGACCACUUGAAAUACUUUCCCCACCUCUGUAUACUAAGAGUUCAAAAGUUACACCAGUGGUUGUUUUACACCAGAACUUAAGGAAGGAUCCAGUUUGGAUUUGGCUACGUCGGCUAAGGCGGCAAGAACAGGAAGUACAAGAGCUGGGAAGUAAAAACCAAUUUGCAGAAUCUCAGCUAGACCCAAGUAUAAAUGUGGCUUCUGUUGAUAGUGUACCUGAGAAAGCCCAAGUGAAUGCAGAUAAACCUCCAGAACCCCUUGAGGAAGGUGAAUCUUCUGAGUUCCAGCUGCAGACCCACACUCAGAACCCUGAGAUUCCUGAGAAGCUCCAGUCCCCUGGAGCUCCGGAAGAAACCCCAGCACAACAGCUCGAUAGGGAGGAGCCUGUAUCAUCCGUGCAAGAAGAUGGAAGUAUUCCAUUUUCAAGCAGCAGUAAAACUCAGUAUUCAAAAUUGCCAAAUGUCACAGUUCAUCAUGCAGACAUGCAGAUUACCUUCACCACUCCCAGUCACCAACAGACCCCAGGUCAGCCUCUAGAGAGCCCUCAGGAGGGAGAACUGUCAUCUACCCAACAAGAGGUGCCAGCUCAGCCGUCAGUUCUCCCAGAGUUCCCAGAAACUACUGAAAGCCAACUAGAAGGCUCUGCUCAGCCUGAAAAGCCUUUUGAGGAAGUCACAGCUCCUGUUGAGCAGGAGGCUCCUGUUCAAGCCCCAGAGUCCCCCAUGGAGAGCAUAGAUGAAAGUCUACAAAAACAUCAGCUGACAGUUCAGUCUCCAGAGGAGGUCCAAGCUCACCAUGCCAAUGCCUCCUAUGUUACAGAUAAGUCUCCAGAUGUGAUAGUUACCAUAACUCCCAUGCCUACCAAGGAGAACGAUUCCUCUCUAUCCCACAAUGAGGCUCCAGCUGGGCCUGCAGGUUAUGGAGAAGAGGUAGAAGCUUCUUUAGGGGAGCAGGAGCAAGCAUCUGAGCCUUCUGAGUCUCUUGGGGAGAAUCAGCCUUCUGGGAUACAGCCUGAAGGCCCAGCUCAGGCUUCACAGCAUGAUGGGGAGCUUGAGCCUUCUCUAACUGAGCAGGAACAACCAGCUCAGUCUUCGGAGCAUCAUGAGUGGACAGUUUCACCGCCAGGUCUGAAUGAAUCUCAGUAUUCAAACUUGGGCAGUGUGAGUGGUAAACUUCCAGAUGUGGUGAUUACUAUAACACCACAGUCAACAGUUGAGUUGGGGAGUUCUCCAAUCCCCAGUGAGGCUCCAGUUUAUCCCUCUGGUCCAAUAAACAAUAUGGGAAUUUCUGUAACCCAGCAAGAGUCCCCAACUCUGUCACCAGAGCCUUCUGAAGUGGUUUUACCUCCAGCUCCAGGACCUAGUGGAAAUGAGAAGCCUUCUACCCAACAGGAAGCCACAGCAGAGAAUGCACAGACUUCUGAGGAGGAUUUGCCUUCUUCAACCCAGCAGGAGGUGCCAGCUCAGCCUCCAGAGCUUCCUAAUGAAAUUACAGUUCCAUCUCCAGAACAUGAGGUUUCUGAACCCCUUCCACCUGCACUAUUACAGAACAAUACUAUUAAACCUCCACAGAUGAAUGCUGUUGAGAUUACGAUCUCACCUGAACAGAAGAUCCCCGAUCAGUCAUCUGUGUUCUCUGAACCGUUUGGUCCUUUGAAAGACCAGAACCAGGUCACAACUCAGCAGCCAAACCCCCCUGCAGUGGAUGAACAAUCUCCAGUCUAUCCAGGAAUCUCACCACAGCCUGAAGAGCUUCCUGAGGAACCUUCUCCAGGCCAACAAGAGAACACAACUGUGCUCCCCCAACCCCUUGAGAAUGUGAAACUUCCAGGCAGCCAGCAAGUACCCAGUAUGGACUAUACUUUUCCUCCGUCUUCAGAUGCUUGGGAAAUUUCACCUAUAGAUCUGGAAAUGAUGUUCAUAAGCCAUAAUAUACUCAAUUCACCUAAACCCACAGUGAAACAUGUGGAUGUCGCAUUGACCAUAACCCCACAGACUAGAGACACUAAUGAAGAAGUUGAAUUUUCUCCAACCCAGUGUAGUCUCCCUACUAAAGUCCCUGAAAAGGUUGAAUCUCCUUCAGUCCAGCAAGAGAGUCCAACUCAGACUCUAGUUUCCCAGAAGCAGGAAAAUACUUCUGUAGCUCCUCCAAUGGCUUCAUCUCAGCCUGCACAGGUGCCUGAGAAGGUAGAACCCUCUCCAGUGCUUCCAAUGCACAUAGAACUUUCUUCAGCGCAGGUUCUGAGUCCAGUUCAGCUUCCAGUGCCUCCUCCUGAGCUGGUGAUCCUAGCUCCAGUGCAUUAUGAGAUGACAGUUCCCACACCAGAUCAAGAUCUGACUCAGAGUCCAGUAUUGCCCAGUGUCAUAGCUCAAACUUUUGACGUGGAACUCACAAUUACUCCAGAACUCUCUACUGCAACUAAACAUUCUAAGGUCACAAAAAAGCGUGCCCAGGUGACAGUUCAACCUGUGGACAUCCAACUGACUGUAACUGGACAGGCUAUUGUUGAAGAUGAACUUCCUCCAACAGUAGAUGAGGCCCCAAGUCAGCCUCCAAAGCCCCCUACCCAGAUGGUUUCACAAUCUGCAGAAUAUCAGGGGCUGACAGUUCUAAUAAGAGGUCAAAAUGAAACUCAGCAUUCAACAUUGCCCACUGUGACAUUUCAGCAAUUUGACCUGGAAGUAACAGUAACUCCAGACUCUAAUAUAGAGCAUGAACAAUCUUCAUCUCUGAAGAAAACAGCUCCCUCUCCAAUACACCCAGAGGCAACCCUUUUACGCCCAGAUAAGACUCAGUCUCAGCAUCCAGAUCUGACUGAAGUCACAAUUCACCCUUUUGAUAUGGAAAUUACCCUAACUCCAGAAUCCAAUAUGGAGGUUGGACUUUCUCCAAGCAUACAGGAAACCUUAAGUGACCUUUCAACACCACCCAAUGGUUUCACAUCCCAAGUCCCAUUAUCCAUCACAGGUCCAACUCCAACCUGGACUCCAGUGACACACAAGGUCACCUUUGAAGCAAUGGACCUGGUGCUUUCCUCAACUUCACAACCCACUUCUGAGGCUGAAUAUUCUCCUUCCACUAAGAAGAGUACAGCUCCUCUUCAUGUGACAUUACCCCUUCAAGUUCAGCAUGGAAACAGAACUUCACAACCUAGUAUAAAGGGUAAAAUUCAUUCUACUAUGCAGAUCCCAACUGAGCCUCUGAAGGAGAGCCCAAGUCACGCUCCUCAGGAGACCUCAGCACAGCCCCUGCCAGAGAUUCCAACACAGCCCCUGAAAGAGACCCCAACUCAGACUCGGUCUGAGACUCCACCACAUCCUCUGCUGGAGACCCCAACUCUGUAUCUGCAUGAGACUUCAACUCAGCCUCUGCAGGAGACCUCAACUCAGAAUAUUCAUGAGACCUCACGUCAACAUCUCCUGGAGACUUCAACUUGGCAUCUGCAGGAGACUCCAACUGAGCAUGUGCAAGAGAUCCCAACUCACCCUAUUGAGGAGACUCCUACUCAACAUCUGCAGGGGACUCCAACUCACCAUCUGCAGCAGACCCCAACUCAACAUCUGCUGGAGACCCCAACUCAGCCUCUCCAGGAUCCCUCAACUCAGCAUCUGCAGGAGACUCGAACUCAAUAUCUCCAAAAGACCCUAACUCAACAUCUGCAGGAGUCCCCAACUCAACAUCUACAGGAGACCUCAACUCAGCAUCUGCAGGAGACUCCAACUCAGCCUCUACAGGAGACCUCAACUCAGCAUCUGCAGGAGACUCGAACUCAAUAUCUCCAAAAGACCCUAACUCAACAUCUGCAGGAGACCCCAACUCAACAUCUACAGGAGACCUCAACUCAGCAUCUGCAGGAGACUCCAACUCAGCCUCUACAGGAGACCUCAACUCAGCAUCUGCAGGAGACUCGAACUCAAUAUCUCCAAAAGACCCUAACUCAACAUCUGCAGGAGACCCCAACUCAACAUCUACAGGAGACCUCAACUCAGCAUCUGCAGGAGACUCCAACUCAGCCUCUACAGGAGACCUCAACUCAGCAUCUGCAGGAGACUCGAACUCAAUAUCUCCAAAAGACCCUAACUCAACAGCUGCAGGAGACCCCAACUCAACAUCUACAGGAGACCUCAACUCAGCAUCUGCAGGAGACUCCAACUCAGCCUCUACAGGAGACCUCAACUCAGCAUCUGCAGGAGACUCGAACUCAAUAUCUCCAAAAGACCCUAACUCAACAUCUGCAGGAGACCCCAAUUCACCAUCUGCAGCAGACCCCAACUCAACAUCUGCUGGAGACCCCAACUCAGCCUCUACAGGAGACCUCAACUCAGCAUCUGCAGGAGACUCGAACUCAAUAUCACCAAAAGACCCUAACUCAACAUCUGCAGGAGACCCCAACUCAACAUCUACAGGAGACCUCAACUCAGCAUCUGCAGGAGACUCCAGCUCAGCCUCUACAGGAGACCUCAACUCAGCAUCUGCAGGAGACCCCAACUCAGCAUAUGCCGGAGACCCCAACUCAGCAUCUGCAGGAAACAACUCAACAUCUGCAGGAAACUACAACUCAACAUCUGCAAAAGACCCCAACUCAGCAUAUGCCGGAGACCCCAACUCAGCAUCUGCAGGAAACAACUCAACAUCUGCAGGAAACUACAACUCAACAUCUGCAAAAGACCCCAACUCAGCCUUUACAAGAGACUUCAACUCAUCCUCUGCAGGAGAUUCCAAAUCAGCUUGUAGAGGAGAUCCCAGCUAAGCCUGUGGAGGAGACCCCAACUCAGCAUCCCCAGGAGACCCCAACUCAGCAUUCCCAGGAGACCCCAACUCAGCCUCUGGAGGAGAGCCCAACUCAGCCUCUGGAUGAGACCCCAACUAAGCAUUCCCAGGAGAACACAACUCAGAAUCACCAGGAGACCACAACUCAGACUCUGGAGAAGAAGCAAACUAAACCCGUGCAGAAGACUGUAAGUAAGCCUAAGCGGAAGACCCCAAGCAUGCCUGUGCUGAAGACUUCAGCUCAGCCUCUGUGGAAGACCUCAACGUGGUCUCACAGGAGGACUCCAACUCAACCUCACAGGAAGACGCCAACUCACCCUCCACAGCCACAUCCAACUGUGGCUGAACCUCCACCAUCUCAGCCAAUAUCACGAACUACAAAGACUGCACCUGGUACCAUCCUGAAGAAUAGUGCAGUUGUAACUCUCCCUCCACCGCCAUACCAGUCUCAGACUCAGCAUCCAACCCUGACUCAAGUGACAGUUAAACCGUUGAGUCUGGAACGGUGGAUCUCAACAAGAUCCACCACAGAAAAUGCUGUAGCUCUGAAUACUGAACAGAAUGCCCCUCCAAGCACCAAUGUAUGUGAACUCUGUAACUGCCAAGACUGGACACUGUCAUGUGUGGAUCUCAGCCCAAUGCAGAGACUCCGCCAAGUUCCUGUGCCAGAUAUCGACCCCAAGAAGCAACUUUUUACUGUCUUAAAUUUCCAAGGAAACGAUAUCUCUUAUAUUGAUGAAAAUAUAUGGGGUUGGUACCGUUGGACUGAGAAACUAAUUCUCAGUGAAAAUCGCCUCACUGAAUUACAUAAGGAUACAUUUGAAGGCCUCCUAUCCCUUGAAUAUUUAGAUUUGUCCUGCAAUAAGAUACAGUCUAUUGAAAGACGUACAUUUGAAUCAUUGCCUUUUCUGAAGUUUGUAAAUCUUGGCUGCAAUUUAAUCACAGAACUGAGCUUUGGAACAUUCCAGGCAUGGCAUGGAAUGCCGUUUUUACACCAGAUAAUUCUGAAUCGUAAUCCUCUAACAGCUGUUGAAGAUUCCUAUCUUUUUAAAUUGCCAGCAUUAAGAUAUCUAGAUAUGGGAAUGACACAAGUGCGACUUACAACAGUUGAGAAUGUCCUGAUGAUGACCCUUGCUUUGGAAAAACUGAUCUUGCCUUACACUAUGGCCAGCUGCCUCUGCCAAUUUAAAAACAAUAUUGAGGUUAUCUGCAAGACAGUCAAGCUACACUGUGACAGUGCCUUGCUGGCAAACAACACACACUGCCUUGAAGAAGCAUCAAUAGGGAACCCAGAAGGAUCAUUCAUGAAGGUGUUAAAAUCCCGGAAGAAGAAUACAAGCACAGAGCUGACUAUUGAACCAGAAAGAGAAUAUUCCGACAAAAAUGAUGUUAGCUACUCAGGACUCAUGAAUGAGCAGCUAGAAAUUACUGAUGGGAGUGACAUUUUUACUGCACUAAGCAACAUAUUGGCCUAUUUCACACAGGCACAUAUAGAAGAUAUACAGUCAACAGAGUUACCAUUCAUUAAACUGCUUUUCUCAAGUGUGCAAAAUGGAGAUACCUCCAGAAAUGAUAUAAAAGUCAAAACAGAGAUUCCCCCAGUUAUACAGCCAUCAGACUCCUCUGUUUACAAAAUGAAACUAAACACUCAUAGGCGAGAAAAUCUGUUAGGUACAGGAAGGCGCAGAAAAUAUAAUAAAAUUAAAAAGAAAGAGAAAGCAUCACUGUUCAUGCAACCUAGUCUUUUAGGUCCUAAGUUUAAUCGUCAAAUCUUGCCCCCCAAAGUGCAAAGUAUUGAAACACAGGAAAGCAUCUGGAAAGAAAUGGAGAGUGCAGAGGAGAGACUGCCAAGGCUCAACAGAGCCUUCAAGGGACCAAAAAGCAUACAGAAAAGGCAGUCCAAAAAAGUGAGUAAACAGAACAGCUGGAGGAAACAGAGUUCCCAGCACCUUGUGGAAAAUACUGGUAAAAAAAGAAGGCUUAGGAGACCUCCAACACAGGAGCUGGCGCUGCUUCACAAGGCUCAGGAGCCCAAGAAAUUGGUGAGAAACUCCUUGCACACAGAGCCCUCAUUCAUAAAGAAACAUAAGGCAGUAGCCUCUUCUUUCCAGAAACAAGACUCAGGGGGCAGAGCCUCCUUAUCCAUCCCUGUAAGAACCCUACAAGAGGCCAGAAAUAAAGACAAUGACUUAGCCUACAGUAUGCUUGUUUUAGAAGAGGCCAAUUCUAACCUGAAAAGCAUGGAGGCUUCUAAUCCAGUCAUCUAUUCGUGGAAAAAUUACCGCUUUCAUAAGACUGGCUCUCCUGUGGCCCACAGAAUACCCAAGGCCAAACUGAGUCGUAAAUUCAGAAAGAAAACUUCACAUGUUAGACCAAUGCUGGAAAACAGGCCUCCAUUUUCUGCAGUAAGGAGCCUCAUAGAUUCCCCUUCAGGAAGGGACUCUUCUUCUUUGGGAGAGUUGAGUUCUCAAGAGAACCCUGUUCCAGAAUUCUAUGCUCUUUCAAACCCUUCUGUAGACAAAACACCUACACAACACCAUAUUGUAACAAAUGCCUUGAUAGGAAAUAUACCUGCACAAAAUGCCCCUGUACCAGAAGGAAGCCUCCCUAAAAACACAAUUCAGGAAAAUGUUGCUGCACCAGAAUCCAAAGGAACUGCAUUCAACUUAAUGUUGCCAGUAGGAAGCAAGGAGACACAAUGGGAAUACCUCAACUCCAACUCCGGUACUGACUCACCUGUCAAGGCCACAAUCACCCAUUCCCAAUUUUCUUCCUUGGUUGAUCAUUUUGAAAUGCAGUUAAAUCAUCAGCUGAGACCCCUCAUUCCCAAUAACGAUGUGAGAAAGCUCCUGUCCCAUCUUAUCUGGAGGUUGAAAAUGAACUGCUCUGAGACUGAAGUACAGGUACUCUGUUCCAAGCUAAUGUCUAGAACAGGCCUGCUGAUGAAGCUUCUCAGUGAACAGCAAGAAAUCAAGGUGUCAAGAGCUGACUGGAAUAUGAACCAGUGGAAAACCGAUAACUACAUCAAUGAGAGCACUGAAGUUCAAGGUGAACGGAAGGAGAGAAGUGAGCUAACAGAAGAAGUCCCAGGAUACAGCUAUGACGACAAAAUCAUCUUGGCAAUAUCUGUGACUGUAGUAUUAAUGGUUUUGAUUAUUAUUUUCUGUCUCAUUGAGAUUUAUGCCCACAGAACAUCAGCAGAAGGAAGUCAAAAGUGCUCAAGGAAGCGCAGUGAAGUCAAAACAAAGACUCCACCACGACCAGCCCCACCACCUGCAAGUGAUUCGAUCUGCGAUCCUGGGUGUUGUAUUGCCUGUUCUUCUUCAUAA